GUUUGCUAUGUGGCUGAGGAUUUUUUAAGACAGCGAAUGACUGCAGAACCCAGGAAAUCGUUUGACAUCUCGGAAAAUCGGACCAUGUUGCCGGGCGCAGGCGCGCAGAAGCCCAGGAGGUCUUGCUGCUCCAGGCUGUGCAGCUGCUUUCAAACGGUCGAGGUCGGCCCCAGCCCUGGCGUGUUGGCAGAACUAGAGCAGACGGACAAAUCCAACUGUCACAAGCUGAAAGUUAAGGUGAGUGGAGUCACGCGUGAUUGCACUACUCGCAAUCCGGCGGUAAGACAAAUAAACACAAUGAUAAAUUCGUUACGGCAUCCUCUAAAAACAGUGGUUCUUAAUCUGCCCGAUGACGCGACCCCUUAAUACAUUUCCUCGUGUUGAUGUGACUACCCCCCUCCCCCCCACACACAACCCUAACUUAUUUCCCGUUGCUACUCAAUAAAUAUGUGUUUUCCUGUGGUCUUAGGCGACCCCUGUAUAAGGGUCGUCCGACUCCCCAAAAGGGUCGCGACGCACAGGCCGAGAACCACUGCUUUAGAACAAAUGGUGAAGAGAUUCACCGACUCGGAUUAGUGCAAUUUGAAUAAAGAUGUGGAAGUAGACCAAGAAUAAAACAAUUUUUAAUUUAUUUAUAUUUUCCUUAUUUUUUUUCGUCUUUUAAAGUUAUUGUUCCAAUAAUUUAUUAUCAGAUUGCUAAAAUGGCCAAUGAAACAUCAAGAAGUAAGCCUCCAUCACAGAUAACUAAGAUCAGUUCGAUCAGGGUGAAUUCUUUCCCUUAAAGUUAGGACCGAAAGUUAUUUUAACAAAUUAUGUUCCUCACUACGUCAUAAUUUACUAGAGUGCUCCUCCCCCCCCCCCCACAGUGGUUACCAAAUCUAAAUGAUCAUUAAUUAAAGUUGUUUUUUUAGGGAGUUAUGUUCUUUUUAGUAUAUGAUGGCUGAUCUUUACGCAAGAGCAAUACUUAAAAUAUCUUGUGUUUAAAUUGCUCUAAUUUGAAACUGCUGGCUUUGUUAAAACAUAUAUUUAUUUUUGUGCUGACAAUGGCUAUGUACAAUGUAUUUUUUUUAAACAUGUCUUUUUAUAAUAUGGAUCAAAAAACAAUAUUAUUGUAUCUUAUUUUAGCUUAUCUUAUAUAAAAUUUAAAAAAAAAAAAGAGUUGCACAAUUUUGUUUCAUCUUAUAAAAAAUGGAAAAUUGUGUGUGUUUGUGCGGGGAAAAAGGUGGUGGGGGGUUGAUUUAAAAAUCCGAUGCCUUACUCUUUCAAUGUGCAACCUAUGCACAUAACUACACCCACACAAUUUCCAUUUUUUAAAAACCUGUUACAGGUAAAAGAUUUUUUCCACACUAACCAUGUGAACCACGAGUUCCGUCGUCUGACCGGACCUGAUCCGGGGACCAUCAUCAUUGACUUCAGGUACAGCUAA